GGCGAAGAGGCAGGAAGACAGGACCAUGUCGAAGGGCCCCGGGCCCGGCGGCUCCGCAGCUUCCUCGGCGCCCCCGGCCGCUACCGCUCAGGUGCUGCAGGCACAGCCCGAGAAACCGCAGCACUACACGCCCAACCCAGCUGUGGCCUCAGAGGGACCCCCAAAUGCUGACACUGCAAGAGUCCAGUAAGAUGGAAAACCUCUUCCUGGGAAUCUGCUUGUGUCUAAAUGUACCUGAAGGAAUUCCGCACUGAGCAGUGCCCACUCUUUGUGCAACACAAAUGCACUCAACAUCGGCCCUAUACCUGCUUCCACUGGCAUUUUGUGAACCAGCGCCGCCGCCGGUCCAUCCGCCGUCGGGACGGCACCUUCAACUACAGCCCUGACGUCUACUGCACCAAGUACGACGAGGCCACGGGCCUCUGCCCGGAGGGCGACGAGUGCCCAUUCCUGCACAGGACCACAGGGGACACGGAGCGCAGGUACCACCUGCGCUACUAUAAGACUGGAAUCUGCAUCCACGAGACAGACUCGAAAGGCAACUGCACCAAAAACGGCCUGCACUGCGCUUUUGCCCACGGGCCCCAUGACCUGCGCUCCCCUGUCUACGACAUCAGGGAGCUCCAGGCAAUGGAGGCCUUGCAGAAUGGCCAGACCGCAGUGGAGGGCAGCAUAGAGGGCCAGUCGGCCGGGGCCGCGAGCCACGCCAUGAUAGAAAAAAUCCUCAGCGAGGAGCCACGGUGGCAAGAGACCGCAUAUGUGCUGGGGAACUAUAAGACGGAGCCGUGCAAGAAGCCCCCGCGGCUGUGCCGCCAGGGUUAUGCCUGUCCCUACUACCACAACAGCAAAGACCGGCGGCGGAGCCCCCGGAAACACAAAUACAGGUCGUCUCCAUGUCCGAACGUAAAACACGGGGAUGAGUGGGGAGACCCCGGCAAGUGUGAGAACGGAGACGCCUGCCAGUACUGCCACACCCGCACGGAGCAGCAGUUCCACCCAGAGAUCUAUAAGUCUACCAAGUGCAACGACAUGCAGCAGUCGGGCAGCUGUCCCCGGGGACCUUUCUGCGCCUUCGCCCACGUAGAACAGCCAGCCCUCGGUGACGACCUGCAGCCUUCCUCAGCCGUGUCCAGCCCCACCCAGCCGGGUCCCGUCUUGUACAUGCCGUCUGCUGCCGGCGACUCGGUGCCCGUGAGCCCCUCCAGCCCACAUGCCCCUGACCUCAGUGCUCUCCUCUGUAGGAACAGCAGCCUAGGGAGCCCAUCUAACCUCUGUGGCUCCCCACCGGGCUCCAUCAGGAAGCCCCCAAAUCUGGAAGGCAUUGUUUUUCCUGGGGAGUCUGGCCUCGCCCCUGGCAGCUAUAAGAAGGCUCCUGGCUUUGAGAGGGAAGACCAGGUGGGAGCCGAAUACCUGAAAAAUCUGAAGUGCCAGGCCAAGUUAAAACCCCACUCACUAGAGCCCAGGAAUCAAGAGCAGCCUCUGCUUCAGCCCAAACAGGACAUGCUGGGCAUCCUCCCUGUGGGCAGCCCCCUGACCUCAAGCAUCUCUUCUAGUAUCACAUCCAGCCUAGCAGCUACUCCCCCUAGCCCCGCCGGCACCAGCAGCGUCCCUGGCAUGAAUGCAAAUGCUCUGCCCUUCUACCCCGCCAGCGACACGGUAGAGUCGGUCAUAGAGUCUGCCCUGGAUGACCUGGACCUGAAUGAGUUCGGGGUGGCCGCCUUAGAGAAGACUUUCGACAGCAGCACCGUGCCCCACCCGGGCAGCAUCACAGUCGGCGGCAGUUUGCUGCAGAGCUCCGCACCCGUGAACAUCCCUGGCUCCCUGGGCAGCUCUGCCUCCUUCCACUCCGCAUCCCCGUCCCCUCCCGUCAGCCUCUCCUCGCAUUUCCUGCAGCAGCCCCAGGGCCACCUGAGCCAGUCAGAAAACACAUUUUUGGGGACCUCAGCAUCACAUGGAUCUUUGGGGCUGAACGGGAUGAACAGCAGCAUCUGGGAGCAUUUUGCCUCUGGAAGUUUCUCCCCGGGCACUUCCCCUGCUUUCCUGUCGGGGCCAGGGGCUGCGGAGCUGGCCCGGCUUAGGCAAGAACUAGAUGAAGCCAACGGUACCAUCAAGCAGUGGGAGGAGUCCUGGAAGCAGGCGAAGCAGGCUUGUGAUGCCUGGAAGAAGGAGGCCGAGGAGGCCGGGGAGCGGGCCAGCGCGGCAGGUGCGGAGUGCGAGCUGGCCCGGGAGCAGCGGGAUGCGAUGGAGGCGCAGGUGAAGAAGCUACAGGAGGAGCUGGAGCGGCUGCACUCAGGCCCCGACCCGCAGGCCCUGCCCGCCUUUUCCGACCUGGAGACCCUCUCACUCUCCACCCUCUACUCCCUCCAGAAGCAGCUGCGGGCGCACCUGGAACAAGUGGACAAGGCCGUGUUCCACAUGCAGUCGGUGAAAUGCCUUAAGUGUCAGGAGCAGAACCGAGCGGUGCUGCCGUGCCAACACGCCGUGCUGUGUGAGCUCUGUGCCGAGGGCAGUGAGUGCCCCGUGUGCCAGCCAGGCCGGGCCCACACCCUCCAGUCGUGACCCUGCAGGCCUGGCCCUGGCCUGGCUCAGAUCUUCUCACCUAGGACUUUUUAAAGUAUAUAUAUGUAUGUAUGUAUGUAUGUAUGUAUGUACGUAUAUGUAUAUGAUUAUGUAUACAUUUCCGUAUGUGUGCAGGUAUGUGUGGGCGGCCAGUGUGAACAGUGUCUGUGUGUAUAUCUGUACAUAGAUAUAGACACACACUUUAAAACAGACUUACCAAGCACUUUUUAAAAGAAAACUAUUUUGCAGUCCUCUCCCUACCCGCUCCCUACUUUUCCCACUGCAGAGACAAAGUCCCCCCUUCUCCCACCAGCCUUUUGGCAGGGAGUCAGUUUCUGUCUCUUUUUUAUGUAGGAACUAACUAUUUUUAACUUUUUUCUGGGGCCUGAGCAGGGAGGGGUGGGAAACUAGAAGGGGGUGAGGGAAGGGGCUAAGCCUUCGGGGCAGGCCCUGUUCACCCCACCUCCCCAGGCCAGGGCCCAGAGCCAGGGCUUGUGUGGAGGACCAGCUGGAGACCUGGCUCCCGCUGUGAGGAUUGAGGGGGAGGGCGUCUGCUGGGGUCCGAGCCAGCCUAGCUCCUAGGUUUACCAAGUGUGUAUUUAGUCUGGGGUGGCAGGUAAAAGUUGUGGGGCCAGCCCCACUCCUAACCCUGGGCCCUUGAAGCUCCUCCAGGGGCAAGGCCUAGGCCUUCUACCCUCAGAUUCCUGAGGCUGGGGGUCUACCCCCCAGGCUCCCAGCACAGCCUCCCUGGCCCCAGGGCCAUCUACCAGGCUGGCACUGCCCUCUCCAUCACCCCCAGCUGCCCUCAGCUGCCCCCCCGCCCCCUUGUGCACAGCCCUCUGUGCUGUCCGCCCCUCCCUCUGGCAGCUAGCAGGGCAAUAGGUGGGGGAGUCGCGGACUGUGAGGACCAAGGUAGGGCUCCGGCCCUGCCCUGGAGGGGCUCCGUAGGCAUUCCUUGGUGCUCUCUGAGUGCAGCUGACGUCCUGCCCCCUGUCUGGAGCAGACGCCGUGUGCAUGUGUGUGCGUGCCUGUCCAAUGUAUAUUGUGUCUUAGCUUCCAUUUUAAAAAUUGUUCUGUACAGAGAGAUGCAGCAGGGGCGGGAGGGCAGAGUGGGCAGAGGGAAGCCGCCCCACUCCCAGCACUGGGGGUCUGGGGUGGGAGCAAGAGCGCUGCAAAGGGUCUGGCCCGGCCCAGGCCCCCCCUUGGGCUCAGCACGAAAGGGCUUUCAAUGAAUUAAGUGAAAAACUUUUUUACAAAAAUGCAAAAAUCAAAGCUCCGAACGUAUUGGGAAUAAACUAUGAACUUGC